CUCCUUUCCCUCCCUAAACCGCGAGCGAAAUUCGAGAGAGAAAGAAAGAAAUCUAGAGAGAGAGAGAGAGGGAGAGAAAUGUCGGGGUGGGACGAGGGAGCGAUCUACUACAGCGACCAGGCGCAGUCGCUAGGCGACGGUUCCGGCGGUCUCGGUGACCAUGCGGCCGGUGGAAACGCCACCAACCACUCUGUCCUUCUCAAGUUCAAGGAAUUCAUUCGAAGCUUCGAGACCGAUAAGAACGUCUUUCCUUACAGAGAAAGCCUCCUUCAUAACUCCAAGUUCCUUCUCGUUGACCUUGAAGACCUCCACUCCUUCGACUCCGACCUCCCUGCCAAGCUUCGUUCUGCUCCGGCUGAUUUUUUACCAUUGUUUGAGAAUGCGGCGGGGCAGGUUUUGGCGAAUUUGAAAACGAAGGUGGCCGGAAAUGAAGGGCAACUGGAGGAACCAGUGCCGGAGGACGUCCAGAUUUUGCUCACUUCGAGGGAAGACUCAGUGUCGAUGCGCUCGCUUGGGGCUCAAUAUAUUUCAAAACUCGUCAAAAUAGCUGGCAUCACUAUAGCUGCUUCGAGGGUUAAGGCCAAGGCGACUUAUGUGACUGUGAUGUGUAAGAACUGUAAAAACGUGCAGAGAGUUCCAUGUAGGCCAGGCCUUGGGGGGGCUAUUGUCCCUCGCUCAUGUAACCAUGUUCCUCAGGCUGGAGAAGAGCCAUGCCCGAUUGACCCAUGGGUCGUGGUUCCUGAUAGAAGCAAGUAUGUUGAUCAGCAAACCUUGAAACUACAGGAAAACCCAGAGGAUGUACCUACUGGUGAACUUCCAAGAAACAUGCUUCUAUCUGUGGACCGCCAUCUCGUCCAAACAAUCGUACCUGGAACAAGAUUAACCAUCAUGGGAAUAUACAGUAUCUACCAAGCUGCAAAUUCUUCUACAUCACACAAAGGAGCUGUAGCUGUUAGGCAGCCUUAUAUUAGAAUAGUAGGAAUUGAAGAAGCAAAUGAUGCCAACUCUCGUGGUCCAGCGGCCUUUACUUCAGAAGAGAUAGAAGAGUUCAAGAAGUUUGCUGCAGAACCUGAUGUGUACAAAAACAUAUGCUCAAAAAUUGCACCCUCUAUAUUUGGUCAUGAGGAUGUGAAGAAGGCUGUGGCUUGCCUUCUGUUUGGAGGAUCAAGGAAGAACUUGCCAGAUGGUGUAAAGCUAAGAGGGGAUAUCAACGUGUUGCUUUUGGGGGAUCCAUCUACUGCUAAAUCACAGUUCCUCAAGUUUGUUGAGAAGACAGCUCCUGUGGCUGUUUAUACUUCAGGAAAAGGUUCAUCGGCUGCUGGUCUUACAGCUUCUGUAAUCAGAGAUAGUAGUACGCGUGAGUUCUAUCUUGAAGGAGGAGCCAUGGUUUUGGCAGAUGGUGGCGUUGUCUGUAUUGAUGAGUUUGACAAAAUGAGACCAGAGGAUAGGGUUGCCAUCCAUGAAGCCAUGGAGCAGCAAACCAUAUCCAUUGCCAAAGCAGGAAUAACGACUGUUCUUAAUUCUAGAACAUCUGUCCUUGCAGCUGCCAACCCUCCAUCUGGGCGUUAUGAUGAUCUCAAGACUGCACAGGAUAAUAUUGAUUUGCAGACAACCAUUCUUUCUAGAUUUGAUUUGAUCUUCAUUGUCAAAGAUAUCAGGAUGUACAGUCAAGAUAAGAUUAUUGCAAGCCACAUCAUAAAAGUUCAUGCAUCUGCUGGUGCUAACCUCGGUGACAAUAGAGUUGUUGCAAAAGAAGAAAAUUGGCUAAAGAGGUAUAUACAAUAUUGUCGAACUGGAUGUCACCCCCGGUUAUCAGAUUCUGCGUCCUCCUUGCUACAAGAUGAUUAUGUUAAAAUCAGACAGGACAUGAGACGACAGGCAAAUGAAACUGGCGAGGGUUCAGCAAUACCUAUAACUGUGAGGCAGCUUGAAGCUAUUGUAAGAUUGAGCGAGUCACUUGCGAAAAUGAAACUGUCCCAUGUGGCUACUGAAAAAGAUGUAAAAGAAGCAUUAGCGCUUUUUAGAGUUUCAACAAUGGAUGCAGCAAAGUCUGGAAUAAAUCAACAAAUUAAUCUCACUGCUGAGAUGGCAAAUGAAAUAAAGCAAGCGGAAACUCAGAUAAAGAGAAGAAUAGGCAUUGGGAACCACAUAUCAGAGAGGAAGCUGAUUGACGAGCUUGCUAGAAUGGGGAUGAAUGAAUCUACUGUGAGAAGAGCUCUUAUAAUCAUGCACCAGAGGGAUGAAGUUGAAUACAAGCGAGAGAGGCGGCUUAUUUUGCGCAAAGCAUAAUUAUUUGCAAUAUUCUGUACUUCUUAGCGCUAUAAGCCUAUUCUUACCAUGUGUUUAUUAUUACAGUAAUUUAAGGUUCAACAUGUUAAAUGAGACCAAGUUUCACCUUUCUAGUUGGCAAUGCAUCUUAGUUAUUGAGUUGGUACUUUGACAAUGAAGAUUGCCUUAGAGGUAUUUUCAUAUGGACAUGGGAUGAUUUGAGUUGCUUUCA